GAGCAAGGGCCAGGGCCAGUCGAGUGCAGCAUGGCGUGGAGCGUCUGAGACAAUCAUCCCCACUGUCUUCGAAUUCACUCCGCGCCUUACACCGAGUGGGUAAUGGUUGUGACUGCGAUACGUCACUAAGACACACAGCCCGUGGGCACAUGUCCCGAAUGAGCUGGUCUACCUUAUCGAUCUUCUGGCUCGCGACGUGCACUUGCAACACAAGCCGGCCGCGGAAUAUGCCAAAAUAAGGCCCACAACCAAGCACAAUGAUCGGGCGUGGCAACCUCAACGGCCACCACCUUCCAGCCCAUGUCCACUGCUCAAUACAGACUGACUGUGUGAACUCGUCUUCCUGUCCUCACCACAAUCACUCUCCCAUCUGGUGCAAGAUUGCGGCCGACCAUUCUUCCCGCAACAGCGACGAUGCUGUCGACACUUGCACAUCUGAUACUUGUGCUGCAAGUGGUCACCAUCGGAGCCCAGAAUGUAUCCCUUUCGAGCGAUUGUUCGUGCGGCUUUCAAGACACGAAAACACGAGACAUCUUCACCGAGUCCAUCAUCAUCUACUUCAACGAAACACAAUACGUGGACCAGCACAUCUUCGAGGUUCUCAGUUAUCGCAACAAGAACCAGCGUGGGUGGGGCACGACCUUCCGACAAGGCGCGAACCCUGCCAAUUUCCAGUUUGGCAGGAACGCAACAUGGCGGUGGCAAGAAGAUCUGAAUCUAACGCAACCGAGCAUGCAAAUGAUCUUGGAUCCACGCCGCUUCGACCAUUUGUCAGUCGGAGCAGAACUGAGAUCAAUGCGACGCGACAUCCAAUACGGCACGUUCCGGAGCUCCAUGCGCUCGGCUAAGCCGAAUGUCGGAGGCAGUGCUGUCUCCAUGUACGUGAAGUACAACAGCACUCAAGAUGUGGAGCUGGAUCUGCUCAACAUGAAUGAAGCGAGUAUGGCUCGAGUGCUGCAGACUGUCAAUGGCGAAUCUCCCGACUACGGCCUCUCAGUCAACUACACCGAUAUCGAGAAAGGCACAAAGUCCAGCUCUCCGCCUCGCUCCCCAUGGGAUUUCAUGGAUCUGCAGUUCGACUGGAAUGAGACGACUGUUGACUUCUAUAUCAACGGGAACAACUCUCGCCGCAUCACAGAUGACGAGAGAUCGAUCCCAGAAGCUCCUGGCACCUUCUACUUUAGUCACUGGUCUACAGGCGAUGUGAACUAUAUGAUGGGACCGCCGGAAAAUGGCUCGUAUGGGAGCGUGCGAUGGAUUCGCGCUUUUUUCAACAGCUCGCUCAUGACUGCUGACGAUCACCGCGAGUAUGACCAGCGGUGCUCUGGGGCGAGCUAUUGCUCCGUCGAUGAUACAACGCUGCGUGGAUCGACCGAGUACGUCCGCGCUGCCACAACUCCCUGGAAGCGCAAGGCUAAGCAAAGAGGCCUUCGUGAUGUGGCUGGCUACAUCGCGGCCGCCUUUACCACCUUCGGCGUUGCAGCGGUGAUCAACGCGCUCAUACGUCGUGGCCCCUGGCACAAAUUGAAGAAAAUUGAAAUUCCAGGGACCAAGAGACAUUCCGUGAAUGCGUUGAGGCAGUCACUGCGAAAUUCCAUGGGUCCAAAUAUGGUUACCAAUAUGGCUGCAAAUUUUUCUAGGCCGUUGUCAAAUCCAGGACGGUACACGUCAUUGGGUAGUGCUGGCGCAUCUGGAUUUCAGACUCCAGCUCCUGGCUACACAUCCAGAAGCGACGUACCGCCUCCGUUCGGGUACCCCCACUUCUCGCACGCCGAUACGCAAGGUGACUUGGGCACCAUGACCCCACUACCAGCAUACGAUUGUGGCACGCAUGCACCGGCGCGGAGUUUGCGGUCGAUGAACUCCCGAGGGGCUCUGGGUCAUGCACGCAACCACUCCAGCCCGUCCAGACCAAAAACGAUACGAGGUCCGGGUGAUGCAAACCUUCUUGUACCCCCACAGUAUUUUGAGCAAGCUCUCCAUUAUGAGGAAGAUAACGAGGAUCAUCGCACGCGAGCGUACAUGAGUCUCAUGGGUGUGCCGGGUGUCGAAAGCAGCGGCCGGGCAUCAGAUGAAUCUCAGACCGGCAGUCCUCGCGGGAGGGCAUAUCGCGAGCUUACGGGAGAGGCAGACGACAAUUUUUACGAUGCGGAAGAAGAACGCGAUAAGAUUCGGCCUCUUACUCCUACCAAACCCCUCAGUCCAUGGCAAUUCCCACGCCCUGCUCUUCCCUGGGAGCAAGCUCGCGACGGAGGCAGUCGGCCCAAGAGCUUCAUGGAUCUGAGCGAGAACGUUCCAGCUCGCAGUUCCAGUCACAGAAGCCAGAAGGGUGACAAGCGCAGCAAGGUGAAGCCUAUUGAUGUGCCCAAAGCGCCUCAGGACAUGUCUGUGGGGAAAAUCGCCAAUGAGAAGACUGGUAUCCCAGAUGCUAUCACUGGCGGCGCGACAGCGGAACCCACGAAAGAACAGCUACCAGAAGCUCCCAAGGUGCCAUCAGCCCAGCCGGUUGCGCGGAUCGAUUAUCUCGCCGGUCUUGUCGCUCUUUCAUGUAUAUUCGUCACAGUGAGGCAUUUCUGCCUCACCUUCUGGCCAUAUAUCAUCGCAUCGCAGGGUGAUUCCAAGCAUUUCCACGCAGACACAGUCUUGUCAUACAUUGUGGGCCCAUGGAUUCUGACGCCUCUCUGGAUCGGUCCCUUUUUCGUUACGUCCUGUCGUUUUCUGGCCCAGCGAUAUCUCAAGACUGGCAAACUAGAUGACAUCGCGAAUAAGAUGCUUCUUCGUGCACCUCGCAUGUUGAUCCCGGUAUUCAUCUUCAUGACCUUUGAAUAUUUCUUGAUUUCCCUCGAACUGACCGGAAGGUUGGAGUGGUUGCCUAGCGUCAGUUUUAGUACUUGGCCAUACGUGACGCCGCAGGGCAACUUCGGCAUCUUCCUGAAUCAGCUGGUGGAAUUGAGCUAUAUCAUUCCCAACGCAGCUCCGGAAGUCAUCAACAACUACUGCGUCGGUGUACUGUGGACAAUUCCAGUCCAACUACAGUUCUCAUUUGUGGUCUUGCUGGCAGCAGUGCUCAUCAAAGAUGUCAAGAAACCCUGGAAGCGAAUGUUGUUUUACCUCUUCAGCAUAGCAAUGGGUUGGUAUGGCUCGAGCUGGUCCGCGUGCCAUUGGCUCGGUCUCAUGCUUGCAGAUGUAGACAUCACUUACGAUUGGCGACGGAAGAUCCAAGCACGUUGGUGGCUACUCUACCCUACCUUGACUUUUGGGGCUCUUAUCACUCUGGCCACGCCACUGGUUCUGCUCUUCAACUCCGCAUUCUACCAAUGGUCAUUCAUGUCGUGGGACAAUGCGAUUCACCCCGAGCCUCUCACUGGCAGACCACUUUUCGAGACGAUUCCGUCGGUCUGGUAUGCUUAUCCAGAAUACUUUGCGCCUAGUUUUGCACAUCUUACUUUCAGUUUGGGGCUACAACUAAUCGUGGAGCUCUCUGUCUGGGCUCAGAAAGCAUUGAGUAUAAAACUCAUCACCUUCUUCCACCCGCAUAUUAUGACAUUGUACUUGCUACAUGGUUUCAUCUUCUGGAGUAUGGGCGCCUACGUUGCCGUGUCUCUGAGCGACCUGGGCAUGCCUUAUUGGGGCAUACUCAUCAUCACGGCUCUGGUCUGCUACGCCCUUCUGUUGCUCGUGACGGUAAUCGUUACACCACUGAUUGAAUUCGCUACGAAAGGUGCCACGAAAAACAUCUGGCGCUGGGCCACGGAAGAGCCUGUACCGCAUCGACCAACCACGGCGCCUUUUAGCACGGAACUGAUCAUGGGUCGAACGGGUGAUGCCAGUGAGCGUGAGGGUCUAGUGCCCGAUAGGCGAGCAUCGCAGAUAGCGUAAUGGAGGAGAGCAGGUGAGGUAGUAGUGCUUCCUUGAAUUGUAUUGCUGCAUUUAGCGUAGUCAUUUCAUUUGGCGCUGAUGUAUGGCGAGAGUAUACAUCGCUGCGGUCGGUACCUCCUAUGUACAAUAUUAUUUAUGUCCAGUCGUCGACACGCC